AUGUUUACCUCUCCCAAAUCGCGUCCAAGACAAGACGACGGCGAAGACGAGCGUUCGCCGAAAAGGACAAGGUUCGAUGAUGGCGAAGGAGACGAAAUAGUUCUAAUGGACACCGUCGUCAAUAUCGAGCCUCCAACCGAGUCUACGGGCAAAUCCUCGGAGGGCGAGCCUCAGCAGGAGAGCAUGCUACCUCCUAGUCAUGCGCUUCUCGGUGCUCCACCACCAGUAUACGUCUCGGACGGGUCCAUGCAGCGCAUUAUGGAAACUGACGUUGGGAUCUCAGAGUAUAUUGGGCAUGAUGUUCCGAAGAUCGAGGGGAUUAUCAAACAACGGUUCACAGACUUCCUGGUGUACGAAGUCGACUUGGACGGUAAUGUGAUACAUGUCAAAUCUCUUUCAAAGCCAGAAUCGUCCCCAAAGAAAAAAGAGGAGUUGAAUGAGGAGGAUACAGCAAAACAUGCAAAACACAUAAUGGAGCAAGACGACGCCACUGCCGGCCCAGCUGCAACUUCACAAGGACCCCUUACACAGAAGGAUGGAAGUCUUGUUCCGGAGGCUAGUCAGACAAGCCCCGAGGCCCACGCACAGGGCGAGCAAGAUAAGGACACAAUAGAAGAUGGCCCGUGGCCAGAACGAUUUACUUCGACUUUGACUCCAUUCCUCGCCGAGGAGACAAUCACCAAAAUCAAGCACCUGUAUCUGGAGGGUCCGGAGCCACCGUUCAUGAGCGAUAAUGGUUGGGGUGGACGCCAGGCUAAGCUUGACGACGUGAACGAGAAAGCAGAGGGACCGAGUACCCCUGCCCCGCCUACAGAAUCCCAGGCCGAGUCUGCGCAGCGGGGAAGAGGAAAGCGGGGUAGAGACCGCGGGGGGCGUGGGGGACGCGGGGGGAGAGGUGGCGGAAGAGGCGGGCGACCUGGAGAAAGGGAGGACCACCGUCGAGUGUUGACCGAUCCCAUAUCAUCCAAGACCACGCGGACCGGUCUGCAUCAAGCAAUCCGCGACUUAUUCGGAGGAAAAUUGGACACUGAAACGGACAUGAGCGCGCCUGCGACCGAUGAUGGCUCGCGAAUCGUUAUCAAGUGGUCUAAGAGGGGCGGUGGACGAGGCGGGGGUAGAGGUGGACGAUCAGGGCGAGGAGAGCGAUCAGAGCGCGGGGCGUACCCGCCCUACGUCCAUUUCACCAUGCAAAAGACCAACCGGGACACACAGGACGCUCUGGCUCAGCUCUCACGCGUUCUGCAUUGCAAUGUCAAAGACCUCUCGGUUGCAGGUACAAAAGAUAAGCGUGGUGUCACCGUCCAACGCGUGUCCCUUCGACGAGGAAACAAGACUGUUGAGGAUAUUUGGAACUUGGCCAAUGGGGUCACUGGUCGUCGGACGGUGGAAGAUGCUUUAUCGCAUAGGGGAGAACGCGGAAUACGUAUCGCGGACUUCAACUACAGGAAGGCUAGCUUGGAGCUCGGAAUGCUAAAGGGAAACGCUUUCGUAAUUACCUUAAGAAAUGUCCAAGUUGAUUCAAUGGAAACUCUGGACAGGGCCAUGUCGACGAUCAAAGAGAAGGGAUUCAUCAAUUACUAUGGUAUGCAGCGAUUUGGGACAGCUGCCAUUCCUACCCAUUCGAUUGGACUUGCCUUAUUGAAGUCUGAUUGGCACAAAGCUGUCUCUCUCAUUCUGUGCACAAGACCGGGCGAGCACCCCGAAGUCGUCGCUGCCCGUAAUGCUUGGCUAGUGGACGGCGACUUAGAUAAAGCAUUGGAGCUCAUGCCGAGACGCGUUGUCGCAGAGCGUUGCAUCCUGGAGAGCUACAAAAAGCAGAGAGGUGACACUCGGAACGCCAUGGGAGCGCUAUCGACGGCAUGUCCUUCUUUAUCGUGA